AUGUUCUGCGAUUUCUUCUACCCCAACAUGGGCGGCGUGGAGAACCACCUCUACCAGGUGGCCUCCUGCCUCGUCCUGCGCGGCCACAAAGUGGUGAUUGUGACGCACAGCUAUGGCAAUCGGGAGGGCGUGCGCUAUCUCUCGAGUGGCGUGAAGGUGUACUACCUGCCGCACAUUCCGAUCAUUCUGCAAAACACGCUGCCCAGCAUCCUCCUCACCUUCCCCUACUUCCGCUGCAUCCUCCUGCGCGAGCAAAUCGACAUCGUCCACGCCCAUGGCGCAUUCUCUACGUUUGCGCUCGAGGCGCUGCUGCACUCGGGGGUGAUGGGCUACCCAUCGGUCUUCACCGACCACUCGCUGUUCGGCUUCGCCGACGCCAGCAGCAUCCACAUGAACAAGCUCCUCAAGAUCGUCUUCUCCAACGUGAGCCACGUCAUCUGCGUCUCCAACACCAGUAAAGAGAACACGGUACUGCGAGCGCAGAUACAUCCGUCUGGCGUGUCGGUCAUCCCCAACGCCGUGGACAGCUCCGCGUUCGUGCCCGAACCCGCCAAUCGCAUCUGCGGAAGACUCACGAUCGUGGUGAUCAGUCGGCUGGUGUAUCGAAAGGGAGUGGACCUGUUGGUCGACGUCAUCCCCGAGGUCUGCCGGCGGUUUCCCGACGUGCACUGGCUCAUCGGCGGCGACGGCCCCAAGCGGCUCGACCUGGAGGAGAUGCGGGAGCGGCACCAGCUCCACGACCGCGUCGAGAUGCUGGGCAACCUCAAACACGAUCGCGCCUUCUGUAUCGCGAUCGUGGAGGCGGCCUCGUGCGGGCUGCUCGUCGUCUCCACCAAGGUCGGCGGCGUGCCCGAGGUGCUGCCGCCCCACAUGCUCCGAUUGGCCGAGCCCAAGCCCAGCGAGAUUAUGGAGGCGCUGGUGGAGGUGAUCCCGCUCGCGCGCGGGCGACCGGCCGAGGCGUUCUACGACUUCAACGCCCAGAUCGGGAAGAUGUACAGCUGGAUGAACGUCACCACGCGCACCGAGCGCGUCUACGACUCCAUCGCCAACACCCCCAUCCGCUCCGCCCUCGACCGCAUGAAGAGGUUGCAUGGCACGGGGUGGUGGUGCGGUAAGAUCAUGGUGACGGGCUGGAUCGUGACCUUCCUCCUGUGGAUGGUCUUCGAAUACUUCUACCCAAGCGCCGAGAUCGACAUCGCCGCCACCGCACCAUCGCGAUCUGACCCGCGCGCCACCAUCAAGACCAAGCACGACUGA